AUGGCUUCGGAUCAAAUUGCUGCUCAGCGCCUGGGCCAAAUUCACAAGCACAUGGCAAACCAACCUGCUCGUGCCUCGUCCAGAACCAAUGUCUAUAUCAUUAGUGCAGCAAGGACGCCUACAGGAAAGUUUAAUGGCGGUUUGCAAUCGUUAUCCGCUCCCGCAUUGGGAGCGAUUGCAAUCAAAGGAGCUCUGCACAAAACCAGCGUUCCUGUCGAACAUAUUCGGGAUGUCUAUCUGGGCAAUGUAUUACAGGCCAACCAAGGACAAGCACCAGCUCGACAAGCGACGAUAUAUGCCGGUCUAAGCUCUUCCACAGAAGCAGUUACUAUCAACAAAGUUUGCGCAUCCGGGCUCAAAGCGAUUAUGCUGGCUGCACAAAACAUUCAACUCGGACUGGCUAAGGCACAAGUUGCUGGCGGAAUGGAGAGCAUGACACGCGCACCGUAUUAUGUUCCUCGCGCGACAUUGAAUCCUCGUUUCGGAAACAUUCAGAUGGAAGAUGGGCUGGUCAAAGAUGGUCUUUGGGAUGUUUACGACCAGAUUCACAUGGGCAAUUGUGCAGAGCAUUCUAUCAAACAGUUCAACAUUACCAGACAAGAGCAGGACGACUAUGCUAUACGAAGCUUCAAAAGAGCGCAAAACGCUUGGGCUGAGCGCAAAUUUGAUGAAGAAAUUGAGCCCGUACAAAUUACGGGGAAGGGAGGCAGUACCUCUGAACUUUCAGAGGAUGAAGGAUAUCGCAGCUUGAACGAAGCCAAAGUCUCGCGGCUACCUCCAGCUUUCUUAACUGAUGGCACUGGAACUAUUACGGCGGCCAAUGCAAGUAGUAUGAAUGACGGUGCCAGCGCUGUCGUCCUUGUAUCGACGGAGCUUGCCGCUCAAUACGGGCAAUCGAGUCGAGUUCUCUCAGAAAUAAUCUCAUAUGCCGAUGCAGCUGUCGAUCCGAUUGACUUUUCGGUAGCUCCAGCAAAAGCUAUUCAGAUUGCCCUGGACCGAGCUAAUUUAAUCGUGGAGGAUAUCACUCUGUGGGAGAUUAAUGAGGCAUUUGCGUCUGUGGUUCAGAUUACGCAGAAGCUGCUGAAGCUUGGUAGUAACAGCAAAGUAAAUGUGCUGGGGGGUGCAAUUGCAUUGGGACAUGCCCUUGGGAGUUCGGGUUCGCGGCUUGUCACGACGCUAGUUCACCAGUUGAAGGUUGGUGAAUAUGGAGUUGUUGCAUUGUGUAAUGGUGGCGGAGCGGCGAGUGCCAUGAUUGUUCAAAGAGUACGACACUCUGAUGUAAAGUCUAGGAAAUGA